CGCUCGUGGGCAGCAGCUAGUUUGUUGGGAAACUUUGCAGCACCAGAAAGGGGGAAAGCGAUUUUUUGGAACGAAGUGUGUUCCAUCCUAGUGAAAUCAACUACACACCACUACAGGGAAAGGCAAACACCGUUGUGAUUCUGUAUCUGUGUGUGUGGGACGGGAAAGUGAAUUAAGAUCCAGUUCGGCUCGGUGCAGACGAUCAGUCGAUAGUGAACGAUCGUGUCGGCAGCAGCUCAACCCCAACGUAAAGUAAACGUGUGGAGCUACAAGUGAAGAAAACUUCGACUCGAAGCGUUAUUUUUUGUGGAAGUGAUUUUUAACGAAGAACAACCAAUUUAACCAUGGAUGAUCUCACCCCAGAGCAGAUUGCGAUCCUGCAGAAGGCGUUCAACAGCUUCGAUCGCGAGAAGACGGGCAGCAUCUCGUCCGACAUGGUGGCGGAAAUCCUGCGCCUGAUGGGACAGCCCUUCAACAGCAAGAUCCUCGAGGAGAUGAUCGAGGAGGUGGACGAGGACAAGUCGGGCCAGAUUGAGUUCGCCGAGUUCGUGACCCUUGCCGCCAAGUUCAUCGUGGAGGAGGACGAGGAGGCGCUGCAGAAGGAGCUGCGGGAAGCGUUCCGCCUGUACGACAAGGAGGGCAACGGGUUCAUCCCGACCACCUGCCUGCGGGAGAUCCUGCGCGAGCUGGACGAUCAGCUCACGGACGACGAUCUCGACAUGAUGAUCGAGGAGAUCGAUUCCGACGGUUCCGGCACGGUUGACUUUGAUGAGUUUAUGGAGAUGAUGACUGGUUAAGGAUGACGCUCAGUUAAAGCCAUCAGCUACGCAGUGCGCCUAUUUAUUGUAUCUUCAUUUUCCCCCGGUUGUGUCAUUCAUCCUUCCAUCAAGCUCCGGAGCAAACCCCAACUUCAUCUUCAACACCAUCAACACCCGCAGUUUCAUCGUAGUUGUUCCCCCGAGUUUAGCUCCCCGUUUGUUUUUUCAUCGUUUGUUUUUCGCCCCCCCAAACAACGUGUAUUGACUGUGUUUGUUUCCAACAUUUUUUAGUGUGCCCAAUUGGAGCACGCGUAAAGUGUAGUGCAUAUUCUUAAAUUAAGAAUGAAUCUCUGGUCUGUGUACUGGGUGUACUGAUGUGUGGUGUUAUCACACACACUCACACAUCGUGAGCAAGUAUUUUGAUCGUUUCCUUUUUUUACACACAAAAACAAAGCACCUUUAAACGAGUCUUUACAGCAAAAAAGAACAAAUUUUUAGACCAAGCAGUAAAACAGUUGGUAUUUGAAGCGAUUUGUCCUAAGUUUACUCGAAAUGAGUGUAUGUUCACAUACAUUCGGCUCAGCAGUAGCAGACUGUUUUUCUUUCUUAAGCCCUUAAAAAACCGUCGGCUCAUUUGCGACGAUACCGUUACACUGAUUUGAGCACUGUUUCUUUCUGUACUGUAUUAUUAAUGUUUAAUAAAGCUACAAGUUUAAUAAAGUUA